AACCGCCAACGGCCGCCGGCACGAGAGGGGCCGGCUCCCCAGCCCGGCGUCCUCGCUCGGCGCUCCGGCAGCGGCAGCCGCGGCGGCCCCAGGUGCUCGGCUCCCGGCCGGAAUCCGCGUAGCGAGGGGUGCGUGGCGAUGCCCAGCCCGAGGUCCCCUCAGUGGACAUGGAAGAGGCCCCUCUGCUUGGCGGGAUGUCCAGUCCCGAGGAGGAGAUCGUGACAGACCUUUUCAGUGCAGAGAGUCCGUUUUUUCCUGAAAACCUUACCCUGAAAACCCCCGUGGUGGUGAAGCACGAGGAGGACGAGUUCCACGUGUUUAAAGACGCGUAUCUGAGCUCCGCGGACCCCAAGGAGCCCCUCCUGCACGCGUUCAACCCCCCGCUUCACGUGGACUGUGAGAGUCAAGUCAAAGUGGAGCUCGUGGUGGACGACAACGACGAUGAGGAGAUGCUCCCGGAGUACCCCAGUCUCCCCGAGCUCAGCCCCCUGGAGGACGCCGCGCUGCCUGUUGCCCCGCAGCCGCAGGCCUACAACGUGCACUUCCUGUCCUCCCUGCUGGCCCCGCACAGGAGUCCUGCUGUCGUGCCCCUGGGCGCCUGGGCCAGGGAAGGAGCCGCCCACCCCGGUGUCCGGGUGAUUCCAGUGGAAAUAAAGGAGGCAGGUGGUACAGUUAUAAGUAACAAUCCCGAGGAAGCAACUUUUCAGAACCCUCUUGGUCCAGAAUCCUGUUGCAAGUUCCCCUCGUCACAAGAAGCAGAGGACGCCUCUGACCACUCUCACAAAAAAGACUCUAACCCAAUGGUGAUAUGUCAGUUGAAAGGGGGUACACAAAUGCUGUGUAUAGACAAUUCUGGCACAAGAGAACUAAAAGCACUUCAUUUGGUUCCUCAGUAUCAAGACCAAAAUAAUUAUCUACAGUCAGAUGUCCCUAAACCAAUGACUACUUUAGUAGGAAGAUUUUUGCCAGUACCAGCAAAAUUAAAUCUCAUUACACAACAACUUGAAAGUGGAGCCUUCCCAUCCCUAGUCAACGGGUCUACUUUCCCUUCGGGAUCCGCUCUUCCAGGACCACCAAAAAUAACUUUGGCUGGGUAAGGAUUGGAAGCACUCAGUUGUCACUUACUUUAAUAGAAGCGUUUAAGAGGCUUUGGGGGUACUUUGGUGGUUUUAUUUAAGUUAUAAAAUCAGCUUUACCUGUAGACCUUCGUGACCUCUAAAAGCUGUAUUUUACAUUAAGCAGUGGCAGCUACCGUGUUGCUGUGUGUGUCUGGUUUGUUGCUGGAAAGGCUUCCUCGUUGUCUGCUGUCCCAUGUUGGUGUUUCAGGGGCCCACUGCCAUCCAGAGCUCUGUCUUGGUCUCACAUCAGUUUAAACUGAGAUAAACUGAGAUGCUCUAUCUCUUUCUCGUG